UCUAGAAUAUCCGAGGGCCCAACUGGAAAAUUCGCAUCGUCUUCCUCCUCUAUUCGUAAAAGAAAAUUUACGCUCAUCAGCGAGCUUUUCCGAGUUUUCUCCAUCUCAAAUGCAGCGAAUUCAACGAACCAGAACCCUAACCCUAAAAAGCUCACUUCUUUUUCGCCCCAAAUCCCAAGGCCCCUACGACCCCCCGUUCUCCCCGAUCCCCAAACCCCCCAAAAACCCUAACCCUAAAAAAACCCCAGCUCCCUCUAAAUCCAAGCCACCCCUGAUCAAAUCUGACCUCCCCUUCGAUUUCCGAUACUCCUACUCCGAAUCCGACCCGAAUGCGGAAGCAAUUGGGUUCAGAGAACCGCCUCGGUUCUCUCCGUUUGGGCCCGGUCGACUGGACCGGAAAUGGGACGGAGUUAAGGCGAGUUGCGAUGAGGAGAUUGAGAAAGAUAGGGUUUUGAGAGAGAGGGAGGAGAGAUUGGGGGAGCCGUUGACGGAGACGGAGGGGGCCGAGCUCGUGGAGAGGUAUCGGAAUAGUGAUUGCUCUCGGCAAAUCAAUCUAGGGAAGGGUGGCGUAACUCAUAACUUGCUAGAUGAUAUCCACAACCACUGGAGGAGAGCUGAAGCCGUGAGAAUUAAGUGUCUUGGAGUACCAACCCUUGACAUGGACAACAUUUGCUUCCACCUCGAGGAUAAAACAGGUGGAAAAAUCAUUUAUCAGAAAAUUAAUAUUAUACUUUUGUAUCGUGGUCGAAACUAUGAUCCUAAACAAAGGCCUGUCAUUCCUUUGAUGCUAUGGAAACCAUUGGCACCAAUUUAUCCAAGGCUGGUUAAAAAUGUAGCUGAUGGUCUGACCUUUGAGGAGACGAAGGAAUUGAGAAAUAGAGGCUUGAACUCUCCAGCUUUGAUGAAGCUUACAAGGAAUGGUGUAUAUGUCAAUGUGGUGCAGAGAGUCAGGGAGGCCUUCGAAUCAGCGGAGGUUGUAAGACUUGACUGUUCCCAUGUUGAAACUAGUGACUGCAAGAAAAUUGGCGUGAAGCUCAGAGAUUUGGUGCCUUGCGUUCCUCUUCUGUUUAAAGAUAGUCAGAUUGUAAUCUGGAGGGGCAAGGAUAGUCAAGACAUAAAUCAGUACCCCUCUCUCUCUCUACAUUACCCUAACAAACAACGGAUUGUAUACAGAGUUAAAGGUGUCGACUAAAUGAUAGCAUCCAAGAUAAAAGGAGUGGCCCUAACCAGACUAGUGGCCCAAAGCCCAGCACAGGACAAUUUUGAGGAUUCGGCUAAGCAACAAGUUGUCCAUAUCGGGGCAAAACAUGGAACUAGUCGGGUAUUUAAUAAUAAAGACGGCUCCUCAAAAAUCCGCUCGACAAAUCUUCCAGCUGUUUAUUCGACCAGAAGUUCACCUAACUAUCUAGUCGACGGACCACAAUGACGACUCAAAAGCUGACAUUAAUUUCUUUGCAAAGAAGAUAGGAUCAAAUUGAGCUUCCUUCAGGAUAACCAUCAGCGCUCUAACCAACACUGUAACAUUGUCCGGUCCCAUCAAGACCACAAUUCUGAUGAUCGUCAUGACUCAGCAGCCAGCUUGUUCAUACCUCGCUGAUAAGUCUCUUCCCGAAUAUCACGAGAAUUGUCCUCUCUCUAUGCGUGAAAUGACUUCCCCUCUAGUCUCUGGAUCCAUGUAGCCCACCGUACCUGCCGCACUAGGAGACACGUUAGGCCCAUUAGGCCCGUUGUUGCUAUGGGACGCAAUCGGGUGCAUCACCGAGAGGCCAAAAUCUAUGAUCAUGUAGAUGUAGGUGUAGACUACAAGGGCAGGCCUCCAAUUUUAAAUAUAAAUAGGCUAUUGCCAUUUUUAGUUUUUGUGAAAAAGAGAAGAGGAUCACAUCUUCCUUAAAAGUACUUCGUAAAGAUGGGUAUGAUCAUCAACUAAGUAAUAUUGAAUAAAACUCUUAGAUGCCAGAUAGAAUAUACAUUUUUAAACCGUCAUGUAAAUUAUUCAUUGUAUACAUCCGUAUAACAAAAGAAAAACUUCUAUA